UUUGUGUUGUGAGAGGCCUCCAGCCCGUACAGGCCUACACGUAAUAACGACAUAAAAAGCGAAGUGAGGCAGGUUUUCAGCCACGCCACGCCACGCCACUCCACCAUCCUCCAUUUUUUUCCUACUCAACUCUAGUCUCUUCAGAGCUGCCAGUCAACACAAAAGAAUCCACAGAAACCUGGAGAAACGCGUGAAGGGAAAUGGCGCAGAAGAGAUUCAUCGUUGAAGUUGAGAAAGCCAAGGAGGCCGAAGGAGAGAGGCCGUCAAGAGGUCCUGUUUAUCGGAGCCUCUUCGCAAAGGAUGGAUUUCCUCCGCCUGUUCCCGGCCUCGAUAACUGCUGGGAUAUUUUCCGAACUUCUGUCCAGAAAUAUCCGAAAAAUCCAAUGCUUGGUCACCGGGAAAUCGUGGAUGGGAAGCCCGGCAAGUACAAGUGGAAAACAUAUGAAGAAGUAUAUGAUCUGGUGAUAAAGAUUGGGAAUUCCCUCCGCAGCUGUGGCUAUGGGGAAGGUGUAAAAUGUGGUAUUUAUGGUGCCAAUUGUGCAGAGUGGAUUAUAAGCAUGGAGGCCAUCAAUGCUCACGGACUUUAUUGUGUUCCUUUGUAUGAUACCUUAGGUGCUGGCGCUGUAGAGUUUAUUAUAUGCCAUGCAGAGGUAUCUGUAUCAUUUGUAGAAGAAAAGAAAAUACCGGAGCUAUUGAAGACAUUUCCAAAUACAACAAAGUAUCUCAAGACGCUUGUGAGCUUUGGGAAGGUUACACCUGAACAAAAGCAAGAAGUUGAAAAGUUUGGGUUGGCAAUAUAUUCGUGGGAUGAAUUUUUGCAAGUGGGUCAAAAUCAAAGUUUUGAUCUUCCUGUGAAGAAAAAGAGUGACAUCUGUACAAUAAUGUACACUAGUGGAACUACUGGCGAUCCCAAGGGUGUGUUGAUAUCUAAUGAGAGUAUCCUUACUCUCUUAGCUGGGGUUAAGCGACUGUUGGAGUCUGUCAAGGAGGAAUUGAAUGACAAAGAUGUCUACUUGUCAUACCUUCCUCUUGCACAUAUCUUUGAUAGGGUCAUUGAAGAGCUAUUUAUAUGGCAUGGUGCCUCCAUUGGUUUCUGGCGUGGGGAUGUCAAAUUGUUAAUUGAAGACAUUGGGGAGCUAAAACCAACUAUUUUCUGUGCUGUUCCACGUGUGCUUGAUAGAGUGUACACAGGUUUGACACAAAAGGUUUCUGCUGGGGGCUUCCUGAAACAAGCAUUAUUCAACUUUGCUUACUCAUAUAAGUUGAACAACAUGAAGAAAGGGAGAAAGCAUGAAGAGGCAUCUCCACUUCUUGACAAAAUUGUGUUUGAUAAGGUGAAGCAAGGGUUGGGGGGUCAUGUACGCCUCAUUUUGUCUGGAGCAGCACCUCUAUCUCCACAUGUGGAGAGUUACUUAAAAGUGGUUACUUGUGCUCAUGUCAUACAAGGAUAUGGUCUGACUGAAACCUGUGCGGGAACCUUUGUCUCACUACCACAUGAAAUGGAUAUGGUCGGGACAGUGGGGCCACCCGUACCGAAUGUUGAUGUGUGCCUGGAAUCUGUUCCUGAUAUGGGAUAUGAUGCCCUUGGAAGCACACCAAGAGGAGAAAUUUGUGUUAGGGGAAAUACCUUGUUUUCAGGGUACUACAAACGGGAUGACCUCACUAAUGAGGUUCUGACCGAUGGAUGGUUCCAUACAGGGGAUGUUGGAGAAUGGCAACCUGAUGGAAGCAUGAAAAUUAUUGAUCGGAAGAAGAAUAUAUUUAAGCUUUCACAAGGAGAAUAUGUUGCUGUUGAAAAUCUGGAGAAUGUAUAUCGUCAACUCUCUUGUAUUGAUUCGAUAUGGGUUUAUGGUAACAGUUUCGAGUCCUUCCUUGUUGCUGUUGCUAACCCCAGCAAGCCAGUACUUGAACGAUGGGCGGAAGAAAAUGGUAUAAAGAUUGACUUUGAUUCUCUAUGUAAAGACUCGAGAGUGAAAAGUUACAUACUUGGGGAGCUCACAAGGAUUGCAAAGGAAAAUAAGUUGAAAGGUUAUGAGUUUAUAAAAGACGUUCAUCUAGACCCAGUUCCAUUUGACAUGGAACGUGACCUUAUUACACCCACAUAUAAGAUGAAGAGGCCUCAGUUGCUUAAAUAUUACAAGAAUGUCAUCGAUGACAUGUACAAGAGUGGAGGCAAACGCAGUGCUUGAGGUAUGCUUUGGUGACUGUAUAUAUGAUUACUGAAUACUGAAAGAUUAUGCUUCUGACCAAUCGUACAAGAUAAGAAAAUAGAUACCUGAAGCACUCUAGCUAUGAGAACACGCAAAACAAUUAUGUACCUUAUGCAUGUAACUGUUUUUCUUGUUAAAUGGGCUACACUAAAGGCAGACAUAUGCAAUUGGAAUUUUGGAAUGAACUUUGCUACGCCAGUUCUCUUUAA